GGCUUGGACACAUGCUGUGGAAGUCUGAGCUGUUUUGCAACUUUGUCGCUCGGGCUAGCGCUCCCAAGCGAACGGAGCCAACUUUCACGCAAGCCCGCACGGAGGGUGUACUGGUGAUAACGAACCACUGACAACAUGGCCGCAUCACGACUCGAUCACGGCACUCGAGACCUCGUUGGCUACGCCGACUUGCCCCCCCAUCCGCACUGGCCCGGCAACGCUCGGAUUGCGGUAUCAUUUGUCCUCAACUACGAGGAAGGCGGCGAGCACUCGCUACUCAACGGCGAUGCUCACUCUGAAGCAUUUUUGACCGAGGGCGGAGCCACAGCUGGUGGGCGACCAGCCCGCAACAUCGGCACUGAAUCAGGAUACGAAUAUGGCUCGCACAGGGGAUUUUGGCGCAUCCUCGAACUUUUCAAGGAGGUAGGCUUCGUAUUCACCUCGUGGGCAAUCGGGAAAGCCGUCGAAUUAAAUCCGAAAGUCGUGCCCGCGAUGCAAGAGGCCGGGUGUGAAGUCGCCAGCCACUCGUACCGUUGGAUCGACUACUGUGACGUACCGGAAAGUACUGAGAAGGAACAUAUCGAAGGAGCAAUAUCUGCAAUCACCAAAGCAAGCAUGGAUGGAAAGACUCCGCCAGUGGGGUGGUACACAGGGAGGCAGAGUCUACAGACUCGACGGUUGGUCUACGAUGCAUACAGAGAGAAGGGUCUCCUGGACAAACUUUAUGAUAGUGACGCAUAUGAUGAGGAUCUGCCGUACUGGGUUCCAAGCCCAUCGCCGAGCGGUUCCAAGCCCUCUCCACCAUUGCUGGUCAUCCCAUACACGCUUGACAACAACGACAUGAAGUUUGCGCAAGCGCCAGGCUUCAGCACCUCCUCUUCCUUUUUCGAGUACCUCAAAGAUGCGUUUGAUACAUUGUAUCAUGAAGGAACACCCAUUGAGCAAGGAGGUAAAGGGAAGCCGAAGAUGAUGUCCAUCGGCCUGCAUUGCCGGGUUGUAGGCCGGCCUGGCAGGUUUGUAGGCUUGAAGCGCUUCAUUGAGUACAUCAAGAACAAGGAAGAUGUCUGGGUGGCAACGAGGGGCCAGAUUGCAGAGCACUGGAGGAAGACCAACCCACCGCCCAAGCAUAUGCUGUAAUGCGGGAGCAUGAUCUGCUUCCCAGGCAUGUACUACAUCGCCAGAUCAGGGCAGGAAAAUUAAUCUGCAAGGUGCAAAUGUGCUUUUUACCUUGAUCCUUUUGAUUGCGAAG